AUGGCAGACGUCGAGAACCGCGGCUGGGUCCUCUACGCCGUCUCCUGGCCGCUCUUCGGUCUCGCCCUCCUAAUCAUCGCCCUGCGCCUCUGGGUCCGCGCGCGCAUCGUCCGCUCCGUCGGCUGGGACGACGCAUUCAUCAUCCUUGCCUUUGUCUGCGCGCUUAUCAACACGGUCCUCGUCACGAUAAGCGUUGAAUACGGCACCGGUCGACAUGCGUCUGAUCUUACCGAGAACCAGCGCAUCCAGUCGAUGAAGUACCAGGUCCUCUCGGCCGGAUUCCACGUUAUGAGUACGAACUGGGGCAAGGUUUCCGUUGCGUUGUUUCUCAUCCGUAUUAUUUCUGAGGUGAAGAAUCAUAAACGGGGGAUGUAUGCGCUUAUUGGUGUCAUGAGUGCGAUUAAUCUGGGUGCCGUUAUCACGAUUUAUGCGCAGUGUCAGCCCACGGCGGUGAUUUGGGAUCAUAGGCUUGCGGGGCCGGAGGCUUGUUGGCCGCCGGGGACGCAGAAGAAUUAUUCGUUCUUCCAGGGUGGUAUGUUCUCUCAGCUGGGUGUCUAUGUAAUGAUGUCGGAUGCAGGUGCUGAUUGCGAUGUAGCUGCGUCCGCGUUUACCGACCUCAUCCUCGCCGUAUACCCCCUCUUCACGAUAAAAGACCUCCAAAUGGCAACCAAGGUCAAAGUCGGGUUGGGAUUUGUCCUGUCACUUGGUCUUGUUGCAAUGGUCGCCGCCAUCAUCAAAGCAACCCACCUCCCCGACAUGACCUCCUACGAAGACUACACCUGGGCCACAGUCGACCUCACAAUCUGGGUCUCCCUCGAACAAUACAUCAUAAUCCUCGCCGCGUGCAUCCCGGCCCUAACACCCCUCUUCAACAUCAUCAUCCGGCGCGCCUCCAACCGCUCAAAAUCAAAGUCCAAGUCCAGGUCCAAGUCCAACGAACUCAUCCCCAACGCCGCCGGUGGCGACGGCACAAAACGCUCCUCCUACAAAAGACAUCUGCGUCACAGCUCGCGCAGUAAAGGGCUUAGUCGGGACUUCGUGCUGGAUAUAGACUCGAAUGCCUCGAGCUCCCAGCACCAGAGCUAUAACCCUUUCGCGAGUGUGGGCCGCGAGUACGUCGAGUACCCGCUCACCUGGACGAAUUUGCAGCCGCCGCAGCAGGGCGAUCUGGCGAGUAUUACUAGUGGGAGUGAGAGUGAGUUGCAUGUGCCGGAGGCGAUACCGUCGGCAGAGGCCGAGAGUGGGAUUUUGCGCACGACGGAGUUUCGGAUUAAGGCGGUUUCGAGUGAGAGGUAUUCCCAUUAUAGGGCUGGUUAA